AAGUCUCUUUCAUACUGUCGUGAUAUUCAGUUCGGGUUCAUUCAAACGCCAGGCCGAAAAAUAAGUGCACAACAUUUAAAAUAAUGCCCGCGUCAAACGGAAAUGUUGUCAAGGACGACGACAAUCCCGGCUUAUAUCCCAAGUUAUCCCAAUAUAAAUCGAAUAUUGUUUUGGGCGAUUCAUUCGCUGGCAAAGACAAAGAUCGCCACAGCUUCCAACCAAAUAAGACGAAAAAGAAUGACAAAGCCGACGAAUCGACUGACGGCGAUAAGGAUGACAAACCGCAAGACGACGUUAAACCAGUGGCCUUUUUCAAAAUGUUCCGCUAUGCAUCCACAAAGGAUCGUGUGUUAUACAUCAUUGGGUUACUCGGUGCCGUGGCUACGGGUCUGACAACGCCAGCAAACAGUUUGAUCUUUGGCGAUCUCGCUAAUGAAAUGAUUGAGACCACCGGCUCCAACUCCGCGGAUUGGAUUGAUCCAUUUCUGGCAGCUGUGCAAGAUUUUGCACUUAAAAAUACUUAUAUCGGCAUUGUGAUGCUGUUCUGCAGUUACAUUUCGAUCACAUGCUUCAAUUAUGCUGCCCAAUCCCAGAUAAAGACAAUUCGCUCGAAGUUUUUCAAAUCUGUGCUGCAUCAGGAUAUGAGCUGGUAUGAUAUCAAUCAGAGCGGUGAAGUCGCCAGUCGCAUGAAUGAAGACCUGUCCAAGAUGGAGGAUGGCUUGGGUGAAAAAGUUGUGAUUUUUACCAAUUUUAUUGUUGCCUUCAUUGGAUCCAUUGUGCUCGCCUUUGUCAAGGGCUGGCAGCUAUCGUUGGUUUGUUUGACCAGUUUACCUGUGACUUUUAUAGCCAUGGGUUUUGUUGCUGUCGCCACAUCCAGGUUGGCCAAACAGGAGGUGAACAUGUAUGCCGGAGCUGCCGUCGUUGCCGAGGAGGCAUUAUCCGGUAUCCGAACUGUGAAGGCAUUUGAGGGUGAAUACAAAGAGAUUGCUGCAUAUAAGCAGAAAGUGGUUGCCGCCAAGGAGCUGAACAUUAAGCGUAACAUGUUCUCUGGCAUUGGCUUUGGACUGCUCUGGUUCUUCAUCUAUGCUUCGUAUGCGCUGGCUUUCUGGUAUGGAGUUGGAUUGGUCAUCAAGGGGCGCCACGAGGAAUAUUAUGAAAACUACACGCCGGGCACCAUGAUCACAGUGUUCUUUUCGAUAAUGAUGGGUUCGAUGAACAUUGGUAUGGCAUCCCCGUAUAUUGAGGCAUUUGGCAUUGCCAAGGGUGCGUGCGCCAAGGUAUUCCAAAUCAUUGAGCAGAUCCCCAUCAUAAAUCCCCUUGAGCCCAGGGGCAAGAAUCUCAACGAGCCGCUGACGACCAUUGAGUUCCGAGAUGUCGACUUUCAGUAUCCCACACGCAAGGAGAUACCCAUUCUGCAGAAGCUCAACCUGAAGAUUCAACGUGGCCAGACGGUGGCACUGGUGGGUCCGUCGGGAUGUGGCAAGUCCACCUGCAUCCAGUUGCUUCAGCGCUUCUACGAUCCGCAGGAUGGUGAUCUCUACUUCAAUGGCACCAACAUCAAGGAUAUCAACAUUAACUGGUUGCGUGAGCGGAUCGGUGUGGUUGGCCAGGAGCCCGUGCUAUUUGGUCAAUCCAUCUAUGAGAAUAUCCGUUAUGGCCGUGAGGAUGCCACCAGAGAGGACAUUGAAGCGGCAGCUGCUGCUGCCAAUGCAGCCAUCUUCAUCAAGAAACUGCCCAAGGGCUACGACACGCUGGUGGGUGAACGUGGUGCACAAUUGUCUGGCGGACAGAAGCAACGCAUUGCCAUUGCUCGGGCAUUGAUCCGUGAUCCGGAGAUCCUGUUGCUGGACGAAGCAACGUCAGCGCUCGAUACGGCCAGUGAAGCCAAAGUGCAGGCUGCCCUGGAGAAGGUCAGCCAGGGACGCACCACCAUAAUUGUGGCACAUCGAUUGUCGACGGUGCGUCGUGCCGAUCGCAUUGUGGUAAUAAACGCUGGUCAGGUGGUGGAGAGUGGCAACCAUCAGGAGCUGAUGGCUAUCAAGAGUCACUACUAUAAUUUGGUGACCACACAGAUGGGCAAUGAUGAUGGCAGUGUGCUCAGUCCGACGAAUAUCUACAAGAACUUCGAUAUCAAGGAUGAGGAUGAGGAAGAGAUCAAAGUAUUGGAGGACGAUCUCGAUGAGGAUCUAGAUGAUGAUAAAAACACGAAUAAAAAGAAGAAGAAGAAGAAGAAGGACAUGAACGAGACGUCCGCAAUGAUUGGUAUAAUUAAAUUGAAUAAGCCCGAGUGGGUGCAACUCCUAGUUGGAUGCAUUUGCUCAAUUAUCAUGGGAUGUGCCAUGCCCAUAUUCGCUGUACUCUUUGGCAGCAUUCUGGAGGUGAUGAGUUCCACGAAUGAUGACUAUGUGCGCGAGAAUACCAAUCAAUACAGCUUAUACUUUUUGAUAUCGGGCAUUAUUGUUGGCAUCGCCACGUUUAUGCAAAUCUAUUGCUUUGGCAUUGCCGGCGAACGCCUCACGGAGCGACUGCGUGGGCUCCUAUUCAGUGGAAUGCUCAAGCAGGAAGUGGCCUGGUUCGAUGAAUCUGCCAAUGGCACUGGAAACCUCUGCGCCCGCCUCUCUGGAGAUGCUGCUGCCGUUCAGGGUGCAACUGGGCAGCGCAUUGGCAGCAUUAUCCAAUCGAUUGCUACUCUGAUAUUGGGCAUUGGAUUGGCGAUGUUUUACGAAUGGAGUUUGGGGUUGGUGGCAAUGGCAUUUAUGCCCAUCAUUUUGAUAUCAUUCUACAUGCAACGCAUUGUGAUGGCCCAGGAGAACAUGGGUAAUUCGAAAAUCAUGGAGAGUACAACUAAACUGGCCGUUGAGGUUGUCUCAAAUAUUCGCACCGUUGUUUCUUUGGGCAGAGAGGAUAUGUUCCAUCGCACCUAUAUUACAAUGCUGGAACCAGCUGUCGAGAAAUCGAAGAAGAAUACGCAUUAUCGAGGCAUGCUUUAUGGUCUGGCCAGAUCAAUUAUGUUCUUUGCCUAUGCGGCUUGCAUGUCCUAUGGAGGCUAUUGCGUCGUCCAUCGAGGUCUUCCAUUUGGAGAUGUCUUCAAAGUAUCGCAGGCACUGAUUAUGGGCACUGCAUCGAUUGCCAGUGCUUUGGCCUUUGCUCCCAAUAUGCAAAAGGGUAUAAGUGCUGCUGAAACCAUAUUGAAAUUCCUGGAGAGGAAGCCCCUGAUUGCCGACAGUCCUGGCGUCGACUACAGUCCCUGGCACUCGAAUGGCAAUGUUCGCUUUGAAAAAGUGGAAUUCAGUUACCCGACACGUAUCGAGGUUCAGGUGCUGUGUCAGCUCGUCCUGGGUGUGCAAACGGGCCAGAAAGUGGCAUUGGUGGGUCCAUCGGGCUGCGGCAAGUCCACUUGCAUUCAGUUACUGCAGCGCUUCUACGAUGUCGAUCGCGGCGCCGUUCAGAUUGAUGAUCACGAUAUUCGCAAUUUGGCCAUUUCGAAUCUGCGCAUGCAGCUGGGCAUUGUCUCGCAGGAGCCGAUUCUAUUUGAUCGCAGCAUCCGUGAGAAUAUCGCAUAUGGUGACAAUUCGAGAAUCGUUACGGAUCAGGAGAUCAUUGCGUCGGCCAUGAAAUCAAAUAUACAUCAGUUUAUUGCCAAUUUGCCAUUGGGCUAUGAGACACGUAUGGGUGAGAAGGGCGCACAGUUAUCCGGUGGUCAGAAACAGAGAAUUGCCAUUGCACGAGCUCUGAUUCGUAAUCCCAAGAUCCUUUUGCUGGACGAAGCCACAUCCGCAUUGGAUGCGGAAAGUGAAAAGGUCGUGCAAGAUGCUUUGGAUGCAGCUGCUGAGGGGCGCACCACAAUUACCAUUGCCCACAGAUUGUCCACCAUUGUGGACUCGGACAUCAUUUAUGUAUUUGAGAACGGAGUCGUCUGCGAGAGUGGCUCACACCACGAGCUACUCGAGAAUCGUGGACUCUACUACACUUUGUACAAACUGCAAACGGGAGCCAUGUAGCAGAUGUCCAACAUUAUAUAGGCUAAUGAAUUUCGAUCAAUGACAAUUUAGAAUUUUAAAUGCGAUUUUAGUAUUACACUGUAAAUAAUUAGUUUCAUUCAUCAUCCAAACAAAUAUGUACAUAUUUAAUACUUAAGAACUCUUAAUAAUAAUAAAUGU